AUGGACCUCAUGGAACUGGAUCCUGUGGUUGAGGCAGCCCUGUAUAAACCACUUCAGAUGAAUGAAUUUAGGCUAGCGCUCCUUCAACCAGGCGAUCAGCAUGCCCCGAUCUCCGUCUACCUCGUCAAUGCGAACAUUGAUUCGUACCCGGAGUACGAUGCUAUCUCCUAUGUCUGGGGGAGCGCGCAUCACGUCGUACCGCUCUCAUGCGACGGCAUCUCGACGAACGUGACAUUCAACCUGCAUUGUGCUUUGGCAAGGAUUCGACUUCCUGAUAGGCCUAGGCUCGUCUGGGCGGACGCACUGUGCAUUAACCAGAAUGACAGGAUGGAGCGGAGCCAGCAGGUGGCCCUGAUGGGUCGCAUCUAUUCUAGUGCAAGGUUCGUAUUUGCUUGCAUGGGAAACGACCCUGACGGCAGGUCCGCAGAAGUUGCGUCUCUUCUCGGUGACUAUGGUCCGAUACUGGCUAGACCAAGAGGCUCUGCGGAAAUACUCCAGGUGUGGCGUCAGGGGGCCACUCCGGAUAAGGAUCACAGAUGGCGAUCAUUGAGGGCGGUACUGGGGUUAGGUUGGUUUCGACGGGCCUGGGUAUUGCAGGAGAUCGGACUUGCGAAGAAUCCACGAGUGGUCUACGGAUCUGCUGAAUUCAGCUACAGAGACCUGAUGGCUACUGUCAGGUUUAUCAGAACCUUUGCUGCUGACUUUGCUGCAAAAGCAGGCAUUGGGGCAUUUUUGAUUCACACACAAUGGGUAGACUGGUCGGAAAGUUGGGCAGCUACAUCUGCCCACGGGCAGUGCAGGUUUGUCGAUCUUCUGGAUCACGGCGCGCUGCUUGAUUGUCAGGACCCCAGGGACCGCGUUUACGCCUUUCUGGGCCACCCCCUUGCCAGAGCCUUUGGGGACAUCAAGCCGGACUAUACUGUGGAAAAGCUAGAGGUCUACAAGAAGGUUUCUAUGCUACUACUACAAGACGCUGGGCUCAGGGUAUUGUCGUCUGUCGAGCAUAGCGCCACGACCAUUGACGAGAACUUUCCGUCAUGGGUUAUUCGCUGGGACAUAGGUUUCGUUCUCAACAACAUUUAUACUCACCCAAACACCAAAUAUCGUGAGCGGAGUUGGAGUUGA